CCCAGUCUGUUCUUCCAGGGCAACGGGAGUUUCCACCGCGUGCCAGAAAAGGCAACGAAAGUGUACUACAAGUUCGGGGACGGGGAUCGAUGGGCGAACGUGACGGGUUUUCCCGAGGACUUCAACAUGCUGGCGGGGAACCCGUUGCAGCGCUCUGCUGGCGAGAACUCUGCUGGUGUCCGAUGGGGCUGUCAUCUGCCGGACGGGAAUUCCGACGCGAUUUUCAGCAGUGGAUUCCCGACUGGAUUCUCCUCUUGCAACUAUGGUCUGGCUACGGAAGCUACCUUCCCGUCGUGCUGGAAUGGCCAGAAGAUGGACCCCAAGAACCCCCACGCGCACAUGGCCUACCCCAACGGCUAUGCUGGCGUGGGUAUUGAGAAUUGCCCCUCAACGCACAGGGCUGCUAGGUUUCCUACCAUCUUCAUGGAGUUCUGGUACGACGUCUCAUCUUUCAACGGCCAGUACAGCCGUGACAGCUCGCCGUGGGUUCUUUCAAACGGCGAUCCAACUGGCUUCGGGUUCCACGCCGACUUCCUGAACGGGUGGGAGAAGGGUGUUUUGGAAAAGGCAACAGCUGAGACAGGCGGCUGUAACUGCGGCUGCGGCUGCGGGCAAGCCGAGAUGGAGACGUGUUUCGGUGCUGCAAACGUGAACAAAGACAGCGAUGCGGAGUUUGAGACUUGUGCUGCUACGAGCAUCUACGGCGGCGACGAUGCGACGACGGCUCUCGACAAAUUGCCUGGUUGCAAUCCCCUCCAAUCUGGACCUGCCAGCGCUACUGCGGUGAGUGGCGCUGCAUGUGGUGCUGCUCCUACGUCAAGCGCUGGCAGUAAGGUAUCGACUUCUACGGUUGCUGCAGUUUCUGGCUCGUCGACACGAGGAGUAGUUACUAGUGUGUCCAAGACAUCGCAGAAGGCAUCGUCGACUCUCGCUAGAUCAGGGUCUAGUAACUCGUAUGCCAGCGCCGUGACGGUCAAGAAGGUCGUGGUUACAUCGACACCUACUAGGAGCACUGUUGUUAGUGCCACACCAAAACCAACGACGGCCAAUCUCCACUACCAUGCGCACAACAGUAGAGUACAUAGACACGUUGUAUACUAGUAACGAUGGCGAGGAGUGCAAGGCGACUGUUCAUGUCAGUAGUGGAGAGCAUAUGAAUACACUUCUACA